GCCAAGGAGUGCGACAAGAUGUGCCACGAGGUGGGUGCUUACCCCAAGUGCAACUGCCCCGACUUCGUGACGCCAGACUCCACACCUGGCGUGAUGACCUGGGACGAGCUCACGGAGUACAUGGACAAGCUGGUGGGGUGGUCGGGUGACACGAUCAAAGGUUGGAAGACAGUGGCUUCCGAAUUGCAGACCUCGCACCAGAGUUGCACCGCCAUGGACAAGCAGCACCGCGUGUUUUUGCAGAACAUGCUGGCCAAGGAGUGCGACAAGAUGUGCCACGAGGUGGGUGCUUACCCCAAGUGCAACUGCCCCGACUUCGUGACGCCAGACUCCACACCUGGCGUGAUGACCUGGGACGAGCUCACGGAGUACAUGGACAAGUUGGUGGGGUGGUCGGGCGACACGAUCAAGGGCUGGAAGAGUAAAGCAGCAGAGAUCCAGGUCGAGGAGUCGUCCUCCAACGCGGAGAAGAGCUGCGAGGCGAAGGACAGGAUGGUGCGGGUCUUCUUGCAGAACAAGUUGGCCAAGGAGUGCGACAAGAUGUGCCACGAGGUGGGUGCUUACCCCAAGUGCAAUUGCCCCGAGUUCGUGGCGCCAGACUCCACACCUGGCGUGAUGACCUGGGACGAGCUCACGGAGUACAUGGACAAGCUGGUGGGGUGGUCGGGCGACACGAUCAAAGGCUGGAAGACAGUGGCUUCCGAAUUGCAGACCUCGCACCAGAGCUGCACCGCCAUGGACAAGCAGCACCGCGUGUUUUUGCAGAACAUGCUGGCCAAGGAGUGCGACAAGAUGUGCCACGAGGUGGGUGCUUACCCCAAGUGCAACUGCCCCGACUUCGUGACGCCAGACUCCACACCUGGCGUGAUGACCUGGGACGAGCUCACGGAGUACAUGGACAAGCUGGUGGGGUGGUCGGGCGACACGAUCAAGGGCUGGAAGAGUAAAGCAGCAGAGAUCCAGGUCGAGGAGUCGUCCUCCAACGCGGAGAAGAGCUGUGAGGCCAAGGACAGGAUGGUGCGGGUCUUCUUGCAGAACAAAUUGGCCAAGGAGUGCGACAAGAUGUGCCACGAGGUGGGUGCUUACCCCAAGUGCAAUUGCCCCGAGUUCGUGGCGCCAGACUCCACACCUGGCGUGAUGACCUGGGACGAGCUCACGGAGUACAUGGACAAGCUGGUGGGGUGGUCGGGCGACACGAUCAAAGGCUGGAAGACAGUGGCUUCCGAAUUGCAGACCUCGCACCAGAGCUGCACCGCCAUGGACAAGCAGCACCGCGUGUUUUUGCAGAACAUGCUGGCCAAGGAGUGCGACAAGAUGUGCCACGAGGUGGGUGCUUACCCCAAGUGCAACUGCCCCGACUUCGUGACGCCAGACUCCACACCUGGCGUGAUGACCUGGGACGAGCUCACGGAGUACAUGGACAAGCUGGUGGGGUGGUCGGGCGACACGAUCAAGGGCUGGAAAAGUACCGCGGCACAGAUCCAGGUUGCAGCGUCGCCUGUCAAAUAAGCGAUAUGAUCCGCAGGACUCCGAGAUUUGCGCCCUGCCCACACAGUCGUCCCGCUGUUCUCCUGAUCUGGCUCCCUGUUCCUCUUCGUUCGCAGCCUCUCCUCUUCCUCCGCGUCUCUCCUUUCGUGUUCCUAUCGCCCGGGCAGCCAGACGUCGCAACGCCCCCUCCCGUUCCCGCUCGGGCAUGUUGCCGCUCGAAGGUCCCAUCCUUUGCGAAUGCUUACCCGGAGCGAGCUUUCGGAAAAUGUUCAUGUCUCGCCGCGUAUCGACGAAGCUGGUAUCGUUAUUGCGAUGGUUGUCAGCAGUGACCC